AUGGCCCCAGCGGUGAGUCCGCACAGAGCAGCGCACAGUCUACCCCAGGCUUAUCAGCUAGGCGUGGCAGCGAGCCCGCAAGCCGUCGCCUCACACGGCCAGCAGGUGCCAGGCCAGGCGGUGGUGGGAAUUUCAAGCCAUCCAGGGAAUCUUUCGGCCCAUAAUGGCAUUUCGCAUCCGGGCAUUUCACACCCAGGCAUUUCACACCCAGGAAUUCCACCCCAGCCUGCUUUUGCCCACUACCCCUACUCCAGGUCCCCAGAAGCAUACCCUCCUCCCUACGACUCGCACUCCUCCAACUACUCCCACUACCGUGCGCUUCCCAAGCCCAAAGACCCUCUCCACGACUACCCCCAGCGAACUCCCUCCUCGGUAGGAGCUCCAUCGCCAGCAUCCUCUACUGGCCCUAGCCACGGCCAUGGCCACUCGCUUCCCACAAAAUUUACACCCUCUUCCAUAGUCAGCCUUCUCAACGACGUGCCUACCCCCAAUCCCAUCGAUGCCUACAACACCAAUCGCUCCCCCAGCUCGGUCCAGGACCCGUCCAUGCUCCAGUUCUUCGACGAGGGCGACUUGAACUUGCUAGCCACCGACUUGAACAACAUCGUCAACAAUAUCAUGUUCGAGAGCAACUUCUCGGGCAAGUACGCCCAGUUUGAUGGAGAAACACCCGAAAACUCGUUCAAAUCGUCCAUGAUCACCCCUCCCCAGACCUCAAUCUUUCCAGAAACAUACCCAGGAAGAAAUAUUCCUACAGACAAAAUCAAGCUCAAGAAACCGCUCGAAAGACGAUACCUCCACGAGUUCUGCGAGGACUUCGUCAAUCUCGUGCUCCCCUUUCCCUCCUACGACAAGUCGCUCAAAUGCUACUUCAAUCCAGCCAGGGACAUCAUCUUGCUGUGUGCUGCACAGGAAUCGUUUCUUCUCGCUGCGGUUUUGGCCCACGGAGCAAAAACGUUGUUUCUCAAAGAAAACAAGCCUGAGGACGAAGAGGCCUACUGCACCUACUUGAGCAAGUGCCUCAAGUUAUUGGGACCAGCGUUGGUGGUGGGAGGACGUUCCAAGAACCAGCAAAAUGGCCUCAGCUCAGACCUCACAUCCAACAUCGAAUCGGUGCUAGUGACUGUGCUUCUUCUAACAUCCGCCAACGCAGCCAACCCCAAGCAAAACUGGAGACCCCAUCUUCGUGGUGCGAAGGACAUUUUACUCAAGGUGUCCACCUUCAAGAUCAAGAGCUCCAAAGUACUCAUUUUCUGUAAAUUCUGGUUUGGUACCCUUGAAAUAUUGGCAGGAGUCAGCUCCACCUUGGGAGGGACCCUCAAGUCGGAAGCAGAGCUUGACUCGCUUGUGACAACGGGCGACGACCACGAAAUAAAAGUGUUGGAAGAAAUAGGGCUUAUUGUCCAUGGCGGAUUCAACAUCAUUAGCGGAUAUCACAAUGAUGCACUGGACCAUAUCCGAGACUUGAUCAAAAUCUUGGCCAAAAUUAGGAAGAACAAGAACUACCAGCCUGAAAACGAGUUUGAAUACUUCCGAUUACUCUCGGAAUUCUAUCGGUUGAGCCAGUUAGAGUUCAUUGACAAAAAGUGUAUUUUGAACCCUGCUGACUUCGUGGACGGUGUGCCCAAUGCUGAUUUGAUCGAUGUCUUGAGCCACAAGUCAAAAGACGGUCCUCCACCUGUGAUAAUUAGUUGGAUGGACACUUGCCAUCAGGCAUACGUGUUGGCCAGUAUGAUUACGAUCUUGGUCAAGUGCUUCAAGGAAAAGCACGACUCGCCACAGGUCCAAAUGAUUUCCAACAAGCUCAUAUCGAGAAUGGCGUUUCUAAAAGACUAUCAAGAAGCCGAUAUCCCCAACCAAUCGAUCAAGUGCUCGAUGAUGAUGAUGCAGUGGCCAAUGUUGGUCGCUGCUAUGAACUGCACCAACAAGAACGACCAGGAUUUGUUGCGAAAAUUCUUCAGAGUCUCGGGACAUGUUGGUAGUGCUAGCUCGAAGUUCGCCUUGGCAAGAGCUGAAAAGGUAUGGAGCUUGCGAGAGAAAGGGGAGCAUGUUGACUCGGACAUCGAGGACGAUUACAACGAUGUGCUCUCGUAUUGA